AUGGCCGCGCGCGCCCGCGGCCGCGCGGCCGCGCGGCCGUGGCUGCUGGCGUGCCGACCGCGGGCGCUGCUCGCCGCCGCCGCGCUGGCGGUGUGCUGCGGGCGGCUCCGCCGCGGCUGCGCGCUGGCCGGCGCCGGCGCGCCCCGGGCGUCGUCCGCUGCCGGGGCCGUGCGCGGCGCCAGGCCGCACGCGGGCGCGGGGCCUCGCGGCGUUGCGGCCGCGGCGGGGCUGGCGGCGGCGAGAGAGCCGUCGCAGCAGUGGGGGGGGCUCACGCCGCAGGGCCCGUAUUUCCGCGGGGGGAGGAGGAAGACGAUCCUGCGCGAUCUGGUUCCGGGCCAGGUGUGGAGCCUGGAGCAGGUGCAGGGGGUGAUCUACGUGCACGUCCCAGUGCGGAUGGCGCUCGUGAGGACGUCGGUGGGGCUGGUGGGCUACUCGGCCGUGGCACCCACCGAGGAGAUGCUCCAGCUGCUGUCGCGCAUCGAGGAGGCUGCUGGCGAGCGGCUGGCCCACCUCAUACUCCCGACCACGGCGGCCGAGCACAAGCUCUUCGCAGUGGCGCUAGCGCAGGCGAGGUCCGACCUCGAGUUCUGGAUCGUGCCCGGCCAGUUCGCCUUCCCUCUGAACCUGCCGAACGAGCUGCUCGGUUUCCCCAUCGGGCGCACGCGGCCGCUGCCCGCGCAAUGCUCGGACACCGUCGCCCCGUGGGCCGCCGAGCUGCCCUACAGGGUGCUUGGGCCCUUCCCUUCGAAGGACGGCGUCUCCACGUUCGAAGAACUGUGUGCUUUCCACCCUGCCAGCAAAACGCUGCUGUGCGUCGACUUGGUUGUGAGCGUCCCGAGCGACCCGCCGAGUAUCUGGUCCACCUUCGGUACAUCCCUCCUCUGUGCCAGCGUCGUGGACAUCGGGGCUUGGGGGGGGGGGGGCCUCUUGGAAGCCUCUAGGGGCCUUUGGGGGGGGGGUCUCUUGGGGGCCUGCUGGGGGUCUCUUGUGGGCCUGUUGAGGGCCUGUCUGAGGUCUCGGGGCCGUCGCGGAGGGGAAGCUUUGCGUAAGGGGAGCGGCUGUUGCUCGGUUGUCUCACCUUCUUGA